AUGUGGGGUUAUUUAACCCUAUUUUCACUAAUAUUUUUGGAUUUUUUAACACAACCAAGUUUGGCGGCUGAAUGGGAUGCUUCGAAUUUUCCCAAUCCGACUGCUGGACAAUUUAAACAGUGAGUUUUGAUUCGAAAACAAAAACCAAAUCGAAUUUUUUUGGAUAAAAAAUAUUGUAAUUUUUGGCGCUGAAAUUGUUCACAAAAAAGGGAAAACCUUUUCUGAUUUUCAGGAAAAAUGUAAAUUUUUUAAUUCAAAACAAAUUUUUCCGAGAAAACUUUCUGGAUUUUUAAAAUGAAAUUUUCCGAUUUUCCCCCAAAAAUUCCCAAAAAAAAUUCCAGAUGUAACAUGCGAACAACGGCCAACAUUUGUGAUCCAGACGGAGUUCUCGACGAGCAAACUAGAUACAGAUUAGAUCACGAAUUGAAGCAACUCGAAUCUCGAACCCGCCAAAAUUACGGUAGUUUUUGCGACAAAAAAGGUGUAACAGCAGCGAUGGCAAUUGCACGGCAUGUUAGAGGAGGAUCAGAACAGGUUGGUAACAUAUUUUUGAAGAAUUGCUCAUAUUAAUUGAUAUAUUGAAGGCUGUUGAGCAAAUGGCAAAUGAUAUGCUUCAAAAAUGGACGCUGGAUUCGCAAUGCAAAAAAGCUGUUGUUUUUGUGGUUUCAACUGAUGAUCAAAAAUUCUGGGUUGCACGAGAUGACAAAGUUCCGGUAUAUGCGAAUGAGUUCACGCAACUCUUCCAGGCACAAAAAUCAAAUUUCCAACACAGCAAUUAUCAAGCCGCGUUGGCUGGAAUUAUUCAAGGAACAUGGUGAAUUUUUUUUUUGAAGUUAUGCGAAGUCAUAUCAAUUUUAUAUUUUUUGAAACGUAUUUUGUCGAGUUCAGAAUGCUCGAAUUUUCGGAGUAUUCUGGAGCUUCAAGGUUUCAAUUUAGACUAGGACUUAAACUAAGUAUUGAAGUUAUUCUAUUUUAGACUUAGCUCAAAUGUAGUUUUUUCUCUUAAAUUUCGAAGAGUAAUGUGAUUUUUGACACUGAAUGUGAACAUUUUCAGGGAAAAAGCUCUUUCAAAAGCUGGCUCUCCUCGUCAACCAAAUCGUGGUGGAAAUAAUCCACAAGGUGGACAAGGACAAGGUGGAUUUGGAGGACAAGGUGGCGGUGGACAGGGUGGAGGUGGAAAAGGAAUGAGUAUGCCAUCAUUCAAAAUUCCCGGAUGGUUCUGGCUUGCCUUAUUUGGUCUCGUCAUUCCACUUUUGUGCUGUUGUUGUUGUUUGUAUUGUUGUUGUUGUCGUGGAAAAGGUGGAGCUAGGAAUCAGCAAAGAAAUCAGGUUCCGACUGAUCGUGAGUUUUUUAAAAAUGGUUUUGGAUAUAUGAAUUGAACACUAUUUGAAAUCUCUGAAGAUUUUCAAUUAUUUUUGAAACAUAUUUUGUUCUGGGCGUCUUGACAAGUGAAUUUGGAUAUUAUAAUUUCACAGUCUUAAAUUUUCUGAAGCACAAAAAUUAGUUGUUUUAGUGAGAAAAUGUUCUAGAAAUUUAAGACUUCUGCAUCUAUUCAUUUGCAAAAAAACACGAAAAAAAUGUAUUUUUUUACAAUAUUUUUCUAUUCAUCAAAAUCACAAAUUGUCGCGAAAUACAUGCAAUCGUGACGAGACCCACACUCAUUUCAAGGCAACGAGUGUGAAAAAUGCAUGCUUUCGAAAAUUUCAUUUCUUGUUUUUUCUCGCAUCUUUUUCUCUUUGAAAUGUGUGUGGGUCUCGUCACGAUUGACAUUUAUUUCGUGCAUUUUGGUGAAUAGAAAAAUAUUGUAAAAAAAUACAUUUUUUUCGGUUUUUUUCGCAAAUGAAUAGAUGCAUUCCAGAAUCUCUAAUUGUAAGCCUCUAGAAAUACCAAAAAAUUUAGAAAAUUUUUAAGCUAUGGAGUUUUUUUGGGUCCAAGUUUUAGAUUAUUUAGUGAAAAUCUGAAAUUUAAGUCAAAUAUUGCUGAAAUUAGUUGAGUUUUAUGUUGAAAAAAUUACAUUUCACAGAAUAAAAUUUGAAAAAAAUCCCAAAAUUGUUACAGCUGGAAUGGGCGGCGGCGGUGUUCCACAACAACCACGUGGCGGCGGUGGUUCCAGUAUGUUCUCAAAUAUCCUUUCAUCUGCUGGAGGUGCUGGAGUCGGUUCGAUGCUUGGUCGACUUUUGAGUGGUGGUGGAAAUCGUGGCGGAGGAGGAAUGGGUGGAGGAGGAAAUCAAGGAUUCGCAAUGGGUGGCGGUGGAAAUCGUGGAUAUGGUUAUAAUGGAGGAGGCGGGGGAAAUGCUUAUCCUGAUAGCCCGGUUUAUGAUGAUAAUAAUGGACAAGGCGGAGGUGGAUUGUAUCCAUCGAGAGAAGUUAAAGAUCGUGGAGGCGGUGGAAGUUGGGCUUGA